AUGGCGACCUCCCUGAUCUGCGGCCGUCUGUCGGCGAGUCUCCGCUCCUCCGGGGCGCGUAGCGCGCUGAGCUCUGCCACAAAGAUUGUGGGCGGCUCGUCGGGUCUCCUGGCUCAGUGCUGCCCCCCUCAGCCUCCUCACUGUCACCAACAGCAGAGGGCACUGUCGCUACACGAGUACAUGAGCAUUGGGCUGCUGAAGGAGGCUGGCAUCUCUGUCCCCGAGGGGAAAGUGGCCAGUUCUUCAGAGGAGGCAUACGCUGUGGCCAAGCUGAUCGACUCUAAGGAUCUGGUGGUGAAGGCCCAGGUUUUGGCCGGAGGACGAGGAAAAGGCACAUUCGAAGGAGGACUCAAAGGAGGAGUGAAGAUUGUUUACUCGCCAGAGGAGGCACGGGACAUCUCCUCUCAGAUGAUUGGUCGAAAACUGUACACAAAACAGACGGGGGAGGCGGGGCGCAUCUGUAACCAGGUGUUCAUCUGCGAGCGCCGUUACCCACGGAGAGAGUACUACUUUGCCAUAACCAUGGAGCGGUCCUUCCAGGGUCCGGUUCUGAUAGGCAGCUCUCAAGGAGGAGUGAACAUCGAGGACGUGGCGGCCGAAAACCCAGAUGCCAUUGUGAAAGAGCCGAUCGACAUCGUGGAGGGCAUCAAGAUGGAGCAGGCGGUCCGGGUGGCGGAGAAGAUGGGAUUCCCAACGGCCUUGGUUAACGAAGCGGCAGAAAACAUGAUCAAACUCUACAACCUGUUCAUCAAAUACGACGCGUCUAUGGUGGAGAUCAACCCCAUGGUGGAGGACUCUUCUGGCAUGGUGAUGUGCAUGGAUGCUAAGAUCAACUUUGACUCAAACGCAGAGUAUCGUCAGGGAAAAGUGUUUGAGCUGAGGGACUGGAGCCAGGAGGACCCCCGCGACCGGCAGGCAGCCAAGGCAGACCUCAACUACAUCGGCCUGGACGGGACCAUCGGCUGCUUAGUGAAUGGAGCUGGUCUCGCCAUGGCAACAAUGGACAUCAUCAAACUACAUGGCGGCACUCCAGCAAACUUCCUCGACGUGGGGGGCGGAGCUACGGCACAUCAGGUGACCGAGGCGUUCAAACUCAUCACCUCCGACAGAAAGGUGCAGGCGAUUCUAGUGAACAUCUUUGGGGGCAUCAUGAGGUGUGAUGUCAUCGCUCAGGGCAUCAUUCUGGCCGUGAGGGACCUGGACCUGAAGAUCCCCAUUGUCGUGCGGUUACAGGGAACUCGAGUGGAUGACGCCAAAGCUCUGAUCGCUGCCAGUCCGCUGAAGAUUCUGGCUUGUGAUGACCUCGACGAAGCUGCUAAAAUGGUUGUGAAGCUUUCUGAAAUCGUGUCUCUGGCGAAAGAAGCUCAAGUGGACAUCACCUUCCAGCUGCCCAUCUAG